GCGCAUGCGCAGAUUUCCAGGAAGUGUUAACCAGCUGAUAGCCAAAUUGUCAACAGUUAAGCCUGCGAUACCUUCGCCGCUAAAGGACAGCAAACACGACCAAACGAGGAGUGCAGAGAAGUCAAGACACCGCCUGCCUGCACGACGUGACACCACGACCUGUUAGAAAGUCAGUGUCAGUGCUCUGUUGCCGGGAGGAGGCCCAGCCCCCCUGCCGUCUCCUACAGCGGGCCGCUAUGAGCUCCAGAGGGAGUGGAGGCCGCUCCAACGGCACACUACCCCAGACCAAGAUCUGCCAGUUCAAGCUGGUGCUGCUGGGUGACAUGGCUGUGGGCAAGUCCAGCCUGGUGCUGCGGUUUGUCAAGGGACAGUUUGACGAGUUCCAGGAGACGACUAUCGGAGCUGCUUUCCUGGCUCAGUCGGUGUGUCUGGACGACACCACAGUGAAGUUUGAGAUCUGGGACACUGCGGGACAGGAGCGAUACCACAGCCUGGCCCCCAUGUACUACCGCGGUGCUCAGGCUGCCAUCGUUGUCUUUGACAUCACCAAGCCGGAGACGUUCGAGCGAGCCAAGGCCUGGGUGAAGGAGCUGCAGCGACAGGCCAGUCCUAACAUUGUUAUCGCUCUGGCUGGAAACAAGGCUGACCUGGCAGAGAGGAGACUAGUAGAGUACGAGGAAGCACAGACGUACACUGAAGACACCGGCCUGCUCUUUAUGGAGACGUCCGCAAAGACCGCCAUGAACGUCAACGAGCUCUUCCUGGCCAUUGCAAAAAAGAUGCCAAAAACAGACACCCAGAACCCGACACACGCAGCGCGACAUCGGGGAGUCAACCUCCAGGACCCAGACGCCCACUCCACCCGAGCCUGCUGCGGAGGGAACUAGACCUCCACCACUCGCACCACAAUCCCGCCAUCUGCACAACCACCCAGCAGCCCUUCAAACAUCCCGUCUCCUUCAAACCGACUCACAGAGGCAGGACCUGAUACUGGGACAUCCGGUAUCGACUCCCCCCCCCUCCACCCUCACCUCACCUCACCAUCCAUUCAUCGUGCUGUCCAAGCAGACGGAGUCAGAGACAGAAAUUCAAAGGAAAGAAGAAGAGAAAGGCGCAGAUGAGUUUAACGCCUGUCUCUCUUGACCGACUGAGAGUCUUUGUUUGGCAUGAGAGGAGUAGCGAACACCGAGAUGGAGAGGAGGGAACUUAAGACUGUGAAAAGAGAGAGCCUGUUGUAGUAUUUAGCACUAAAUGUGUAAUUUCUUUGUCUUCAUUCUGCCUUGCAUUGUUUCAGUCAGAGCACUGACAGCGUUAAGAAAAAUGCACAAAACAAGCAGCACAUGUUAGGAAGAGGCUGAGAAAAGAAAGCAGGAAAAAAAAAACAGUGGGGAUAUGAAGAAACAGUUUGGGUUUGCCUGCUUUUUUGUUUCUUCUUCAGAGCUUGCGUGCGCUUGCUUUGCCUCCUCCUCCUCCUCGUCCUCAAUCAAUCACAACCUGCUGUGAAUACCGCCACAUGUUGACCCCUGGAAUGAUCCCAUAAUAAGUCAUAAUUUAUAUUAAUAUCCCCCCCCCCCCCCACCCCCAUGUCACUGUCCAGACUCACAUUUCAGUAACACUCAUGGUUUCCCCCAUCACAAGUCCAUUUGUACGUAUUUAUUCUCCGCUGUUUUGACCCCUCAUGACUGCUGGUAGUGACACUCCGGUGUCUUCUUAAAGGCACACACACAUUUUCUGUUCAGAUAGAAAUCACCCAGAACUUCCACCAGAUGCGUGUCAGCUCCGCACCGGUACGGCUCCGUCAUCCGUCAACACCCACAGGCUGCGUUCCCAGAAGGCAGCGAGAUUGAGGAGUUCCGAUUAUACGACGCAUGUGGUCUAAAACCCGUUUAACCACAUCGACAAACACGCACAAGGUCGUCGUGCUGAACCGUCAAAACAGAGAGUUUUAUUCUGAAAAUAAACCGGUGUCUGACUUCCUGUCCCGCUCGAUCUUCUCUGUAGUAAAUCGAUGCGUCGUGCUCCGGCAUCUGGCAAAAAAACAGAAACCUUGCGUAUCUGCUGCCAGAGCUGAGAUGCAGCGCGGCGAGUGGAAGCACACACAUUGAGAAAAGUGGAAAACUAUCAAACUAACAGUUCGGUUGCCGUGGAGGAGCGGAGACGGAGCGAACACACAUCUGGUGGAAUCUGAAAUUUGUUUUGGAUGAUUUGACGUUUUGUUUCUCACGCGUUUGGUCCAUCGGACUUGCUCGUUUAAUGAAGGAUUGUUUGGGUUUUAUUGCCUUGCUUGAAUGCUCAUAAGCACCACUUACUAUUCUGUAUAGAGCAACAACAUAGACUUGAUAUUGAGUGUGUGUGUGUGUGUGUGUGUGUGGGUGUGGGUGUGGGUGUGGUGUGUGUGGGUGUGUGUGUGUUCAGUGAGACUUUAAGUAUUGCUUUGGUAACUGUAAACUAACUUGAGUCCACGUCUGUAGCAGAGUCCACGUCCCCUCAAACCCAGAGCGAGACGUCUUGUGUCACACACCAGAUUGACUAUUGAAGUACCUGCCCUCUAAAAUAAGCUCAAAAAGGAAUUUCAGUUUUUUUCAACCCGAGCCCUGCUUUUCACUUUUUGUCGGGUCUGAAUGAGGAAUUGGUUCAGAAGGUUUUGGUGUUCCUCCAGCAGAUUGCGUCAUUCAGCGGCCGCUUUAACGUCUGCACAGUAAUCCUCGAGGGGAAACGCUCCUUAGAACUAUUUAAGUUCUUGUUUUAACCACUUAAAGGUUCUUCACAUUUAUUUUUAGAUUCUGAAACUUAACUGAAAUACUUCCUACAAAGAUACACGGAAAAUGCUUUUUAGAAGAAAUCUUUGAUUAAUCCCACAAGGGGAAAUUACUUUUACACUCAUGCCACACACACACACACACACACACCCUGUAGACACUAACAGAGAGAUGUCAGAAUUAGGGUGCUGAACAUGAAGGAGCGCACCAGCUGUUAGGGGUUCUGCGCCUUGCUCAAGAGCAUCUCAGCAGUGUUCAGAAAGUGAACUGGAACCUCUCCAGCUACCAGACCAAUUUUAGAUUUGGACUUCCCAAACCAAGUCCCCACAUGCUCUGCUGCUGCUGCCCAAGGUACACGCAUCCCAUCGCUCCACCAGACCUCAUUGACAAAAGCAGACAUUUGACUUGCCUGCACAGCGGCCUCACUGGGUUUGUUUUUUGUCUUCUUGUUCAUGAAUGUCAGCGUAGAUUAAACAAGAUAAUUAUGUAAACACAUCAUAGCACAGAGCUCCACGUUCAAGGCAGCGGUGGGAAACUAGUUGCUUUGUUCUUUGAGGUUAAAUCUCUGUUUUUGUCAAUGGAGGCUGAUGGAUUUACACAGAACCAUUUAACUACCGUUUCUGGUUUUAUGAAUCAUCUUCCUCUUCCACAAAAAAAAAAGUCCACCUCUGUAGGGAUCUUUUCUGUAAUGUCUGUUGAUGGCAAAAACAAGAACUUUAGGAUGACGCACUUUGAUUGAGCGAGUGCCGUUUCACUCUGCAUUCAUCACAGCCUGUUUCAGGGCUGCCUGUCGAGGCAAUCUGCUGCAGCUGUUCUCAAACUUUUUGCACCUUUUUAGACCUGAAACAGUCAAACUAAGGUCGAGGUUUAUUUUGAUUUUUAAAAGAUUACAGAUGAUGUAAUUUGGCAGUGGAUUGAAUAUAUUUUGGUGGCUGACAUCCUUGGUAACAAAUGUGUAGAGAGAGAAUGAAAAGCAGGAAGAUAAGAACCUGUACCAUGAAAUGUGGGAUGAUUAUCCUCCCGUGUCAUGUUUAACGUGUCCCUCUUUGGUCCUUCAGCCGAGUUGUUUGAGAAACAUGAAAGUGAUUCCUUUCACUUAAUUUAAAGCUCUAAAAACAUAUAGAGUUGUGUGUUUGGUUGCAAUUAGUGAACUUGGCAGAAGAGGAGUUCAGAUUUGAUGAAAACACACAAAAAAACAGAAGUGCCUAUUCCCCGUUUUCUUUAUUUUCUUCUUCUGUGAAUCGCGUUCUGGGCUUUUCUUUGAGUGUGUGCUUCGUAGGCAAACAGCUGAAAUCUCAUCCAAUAACCCCGCACCCCGUCGUCUCUAGGCUGUCGUGAAGUGUCUUGGCUGUUUGUAUGGAUGUAAAGAGAUCUCGUUGAAUACACUGUAUGUUAAAUAUUAUUGUCUUACUUUUAAUGAAGGUGUUUUGUUGAUUUUAGGCCGAGCACACUUGUGAACUUGAAAAUGGAUCCGAUCAUUGAAACAACAUGGACGUCUUGUGAGAAUCUGUUUUUCGGGUUGGUUUGAUUCUCAGAUCGACACGUUUAAAAAAUAAAAAUAAAAAAGAUGGCGAUCUAAUUAAGGGCGUACAAAUUGGCUUUUUGAAUCUGUACUCAACACUAACAGCUCAUUAGCGACGUGAAACCGUUUUUCAUCCUUCAGGGCUCACAAGUAGGUUCACUGUUCUGUGCAAUUAAAGAGACAAAAAGGUGAUUAAAACAA